GCGAGCACCGCGUCGCCAGUCCCGCGCCGCCCCCCGCCCCGGCUUCAGCACGGCUAGCGGCCGAGAGUCGCCCGCCUCGAUGGAGGAGCGCGACGGGGGCGGCGGCAGCGGUGCGGACGGGGCGGAGGGGUACGCCGCUGCCGCCACCGCCGCCGUGCGCUGGGACGAGUCGGCGGCCGCGCUGCCAGCACCCGGUCCGUCGCCGCCGCCCCUGGUCGACGCGGAGGGCCAGCCGAUGUCGCCCCCGGUACCGCCGCCCCUGCCGCUCCAGAUGCAACGGCCGUACUCGAGGAGCAUGUCCUCGCUGCCGCCAGAGCCGUUCAUGAUUAUGCGCUCCAAGGCCCUGAACAGGCGCGUAGUCAUCAACGUCGGCGGCGUGAAACACGAGGUGCUUUGGCGAACUUUGGACCGUUUGCCGCAUACCCGGCUGGGCAGACUGCGCGACUGCAACACCCACGAGGCUCUCAGCGAGUUGUGCGACGAUUACUCACUGAUCGACAACGAGUACUUCUUCGAUCGGCAUCCGAAGUCCUUUUCGUCGAUUCUGAAUUUUUACAGAACGGGGAAACUGCAUCUGGUGGACGAAAUGUGCGUGCUGGCUUUCAGUGACGAUCUAGAAUACUGGGGGGUAGACGAAUUAUAUUUAGAAUCUUGCUGCCAACACAAAUACCAUCAGAGGAAAGAGCAUGUGCAUGAAGAAAUGAGAAAGGAGGCUGAAUCUCUUCGACAACGAGACGAAGAAGAAUUCGGCGAGGACCAAUGUUCACAGUGGCAAAAGUGGCUGUGGGACCUACUGGAGAAACCUACUACUUCGAUAGCUGCUAGGAUGUCCACUGCAACUUGAAGAUCUGGAGAAUAUCGGUGUUGUUUUUUAUAUUUAAUCGUGCCUUUUCAGCUGUUUCUGCCUUAUAACUUUUUUUAUAUACGUACGUUUGAUGGUGAAUGGGCAAAUGCGACAACCAGUCGCACUCUAAUCAUUCGAACUCUGAAAUGCGCUGUCGGUUAUAAUUCAGUCUUUUUGGUGACUAUUUGGAUCAGUACCAAAUUAUAAUUUAAAAUAGAAAACAAAUUUCUUG